AUGCCAGCCGCUUCCAAGCGCCCUGCGGCCAAUGUGGAUGACACCACACAGGUGAAGAAGAAGCCGGCAGCCAUGCCGAGUGUCAAUGAAACCCUGCGCAAGCUCAAGAGUGCCACGGCUUCUCCUAAGAAUGAGGAGAAUGACGACAACGAAGCCUUCAACAAUGCGCUCGCAGAAGGGGACGUGGUUGAAUUCGAAGGCGAUGAUGGCCGCAAGUACUACGAGCACAGGAAGAUGCUUGUGGGACAGGAGCGUGGAUCUACCUUCGAGCACGGCGGCAAAGACCAGGUGAAAACGGGCGCCAAGGAGUUUGGUGCCUUGAAGGAUCUGAUGGACAUGGCCAAGGAUCCCAAGAAGAAGCUUCCAAGCAACAUCAAUGAGUUGCUUGAUGGUGCCAGCAAAGCCCUUGAGCGCUUGUCGCGUGAUGCUCUGAAGAUCCUGAAGCAUGGAACCAAGCUGACUGAUGGCGGCAAGGCUUUGCGUGGCCACUACAAUGCCUGUCAGCAAGAUUUGGCAUCCAUCAACCACGUGAAGCUCUUCAAGGAACUGCCCAAUGACAAGCCGCUGACCAAGCAGAAUUUCGAUGCGUGCGUGUUUGAAGCCGCCAAGCACGUGGAGGCGUUGAACUUGGAGGUGGAGAGUUCCAAGGCGGCCAACAGCAAAGGAUCAAAGCAGCCCGAGCAAAGGAAGAAUCAUCCGGUGGUGGCACCACUCAUCAGCUUUCUUUUGACAUUGUUCACUUGGGGGGAGUUUUCACCUCAACGCUGCCACCCCAUUGCUGCUUUGGCACUAGAAGACUUGGAGAAGCACCACACCAACAAGCACAUAGCCAGUGACCUGAAGGCCUUGGCAAGCAUUGGGAGCAAUGGCGCAUAUCCAAACAAAAUGCGCCUAGAUUUGAUGCAAAGGACGAAGAACAUCAGCAAGGCACCGCAGCCCUACCUUUUCAAUGCAAAGUUCAAAAGCCCGGUGGGUGCGCAGAACCAAUCCCUGCUUCUACCUCACGAGCUUUUCGCAACCAUUGCUGCAGAGUACCAGACCACAUGGUUCAAAAGUAUAGCUCUGAUGCUCAAACUCAACUACAAGAUUGAAACUCUCCUUACAGACUUUAAAGACCACUACGCCUUCCCCGAACCAGCGGCCAGUGAAUUCAAGCAAAACGCUUUUGGCAUGUACGCCUUGCAAACGCAGAUUAUGAAACACUUCUUGGAUGAAGACCUUCAGCUUUUCUCUGUGACCAGCAAGAGCCACAUGGUUUUGGAGUCCGUGCUGUUGUGUGACAAGGUGAGCCCUAGACUCCUAGACUUCUGUGGACAUUUGCAGGGGAAGACCAAAUAG